CUUUAAGUUGAGAAGAUGAGCUUCUACACUGUGGUGCUGUCCUGCCUGGUGGCGUGCGUGGUGUGCGUGCGCUGCAGCUCCGUGCCCGAGCCCCAGGAGUCGUGCGCGUCCUGCGGCCUCAGGGCUCCGGACCAGUCCGAGCGGGAGGACAUGGACUUCCUGGAGGCGGUGAAGAGACACAUCCUGAACCGGCUGCAGAUGCGGGACCGACCCAACAUCACGCACCCGAUCCCCAAGGCUGCCAUGGUGACGGCUCUGAGGAGGCUGCACUCCGGCAAGGUGCGGGAGGACGGCCGGGUGGAGAUCCCCAACUUCGACGGGCAGUCCGCGUACAACAACGAGGUGCACGCAGAGACCUCGGAGAUCAUCAGCUUCGCGGAAUCAGACGGGAUCACAUCCGUCAAGUCCAGCCUCUACUUCCUCAUCUCCAACGAGGGCAACCAGCACCUGUACGCCUCCCAGGCCAACCUGUGGCUCUUCUUCCGAGUGCUGCCGGCCGGUCCUGAGAAGGGCCUGCGGAGGAAGGUGACCGUCAAGAUCCAUUACCAGGAGGCCGGGACCCCCAGCGGCGCUGAGGGGGGGCCGGGUGGCGGUGGCGGCGGCGGAGGAACCGGCCGCUGGGCGCUGGUGGAGAAGCGUGUGGACCUGAAACGCAGCGGCUGGCACACCUUCCCGCUCUCGGAGGCCGUGCGGGCCGUGUUCGGGAAGGGAAGCCGGCGGCAGGACCUGGAAGUCCACUGCGACGGCUGUGAGACGUCCGGUGUGACCCCGGUGCUCGUGGACCCCAGUGACCCGGCCCACCGGCCCUUCCUGGUGGUCCGCGCCCGGCAGGUGGACGGAAAGCACCGCAUUCGCAAGCGGGGGCUGGAGUGCGACGGCACCAGCGGCGGCUUGUGCUGCCGGCAGCAGUUCUACAUCGACUUCCGCCUGAUUGGCUGGAACGACUGGAUCAUUGCACCAGCCGGCUACUAUGGUAACUACUGCGAGGGCAGCUGCCCGGCCUACAUGGCAGGAGUGCCGGGCUCGGCCUCGUCCUUCCACACCACCGUCGUGAACCAGUACCGCAUGAGAGGGAUGAGCCCGGGCUCGGUCAACUCCUGCUGCAUCCCCACCAAGCUCAGUACUAUGUCCAUGUUGUACUUCGACGACGAGUACAACAUCGUGAAGAGGGACGUGCCCAACAUGAUCGUGGAGGAGUGUGGCUGCGCCUGA